UCUCUCCCGCACAAAUCAGUUUCCUUCUUGCUGUUCUUCCGCCAUAGAGAGAGAUAAACAGUCUGGAAUUACAGCGCCAUAGACUUACAAUUAGAGAGAAGUUCGGGCAUCUAUUUUCCGAAGUCAUGGACCCACGCGCUCUGCCCAACUUCCGGUUGGUUUUCGUGAGUUUUCAUUUGACGCUUUGCAAAGGAGGAAAGCCGCAAGCCGUGGCUACGCGGAAGUGAAUGGAUCGCAAUACAUCUGCUGUCGGUUGAAGGGGCGUGUGUCUGCCGGGCAGUUUUAACUUGCAAGCGUAGAGAGAGGCAAGACCUUGAGAGAGAGUGUGCACUUCACGAACACCACCUGCAGAAUAGGACUGAUCAGGUAAACAGAAAACACCAGCAUGGUUGAAAACUCACCAGCCCCAUUGCCAGAAAGAGCUAUAUAUGGCUUUGUUCUUUACUUAGGUUCCCAGUUUGUCUUUAUGCUGUACCUUGUGUGGGCCUACAUACCUGAAUCCUGGCUGUUCUCAGUGGGGUUGACAUACUGGCCUCAAAAGUUCUGGGCUGUCGCUUUGCCUGUAUACCUUUUAGUUAGUGUGGGAAUAGGCUGUGUACUUCUGUUUGGUGUUAACAUGAUCAGUACUGCCCCACUGAGUUCCACACAUACUAUUACAGACCACUACGCAAAAAACCAAAAACAGAAGAAACAACAAGAAAAUGCUAUCCCUGCAUUAAGAGAUAUUCCUAUCAGUGAAGUAAACAAAAUGUUUUUCUUGACUGACACAGAAGAUAAGUAUUUUUUAAAAACUCAUUCAUGUGGGAAAGAGUUCUAAAUUCUUGUGUUGAAAAAGUUGACAAUGAAGUAAUAAAAUGCUUGACUUCAGUGAGAUUAUGUAACAGUGACUCUAAAAUAAAGUUGCAAUACUUACAGUGCAUCUUUCAGAGAUCCUACCCACAAGUGAAGUGCCAUUCAUCCUCAGCCAUAUAUUGCCCACUGGGAGCAUAAUUUUUACUGUAACAGAAGAUAUGCCUUUCUGGGUUUUUCCAUACUUAUUGAUUGAUUAAUAUCCCACCCUUCUUCCCAGCCAGGAGCCCAGAGCGGCAAACAAAAGCACUAAAAACACUUUAAAACAUCAUAAAAACAGACUUUAAAAUACAUUAAAACACAACAUCUUUAAAAAGCUUUGAAGACAUUUUAAAAAAAGGUUAAAACAUAUUUUUAAAAAGGUUUAAAAACAUAUUAAAAAGCAAUUCCAGACGCAGACACAUCAAACCUUUUUUUCCAACACAGACACAUCAUACCUUUUUUUUAAAGUCACCCCUGUGCUUCAAUCAAAGUAGUGAACCAGGAAUGCAAAACAGUUGUCACUUUACUUGAAAGCAAAAUCUGCAGACAUUGGUAGUGCUCAUGCUCUGAUUCUCGGCAUGCUCCCCCAUUUCUCAGUUCUUACAGAUACCUCCCUGUAACCUAGACCCUUGAAACCUUUGUGAAACACCUGUAUACUAUAGAAAACAUCAGGCAGUCUCCCAACUAAAGAGCUACUUAGGGGUGUUUAAGGGGGAAAACUGCAUGAGAUCCUGCUCGGAUUUCCUAUGUCACAUUUAAGUUAACCCACAGCUACCCAAGUUGAUAGUGAUGUGCAAAAAAAAAUAUUUGGAGAGUACUAACCUUAUUUGUCAGAUUUGCAGUACUUACGCCAAAGUAGCACUCAAAAUGUAAACCACAUUUCACAGCAAAGAUCCUUGAUCCCUUUGCCUUCUAAUUUUUUCUAACAAACAGUGGAAAUCUACAUGAUCCACUAUUUCAUUCUGGAACCAAAAUUGCAAAAUAAUUCCAUUUAAGCAUACAUUUUGUCCAAAAUGCCCUUGCCUCAAUUGCCACUGCUUUAAACUGUGAUUUCUUUCCAAAUAAGCGUGCUUAUUUGCUGCCACAGGACACAUUAAAACUAUGCAACUCUUCCACUACAGUACAUUUAAUUCUUAUUUGUAAACUUCAACAUGUUUACUGGUUUUAUAGUUAGGGAUCUAUUUAAUCCAAGUUUUGGAGUUCAUAAGUUUUAAAGCUUUUUUAAAGAAUGUUUUUAAAGUUGUUUUGUUUUAAUGUAUUUUAAGGUCUGUUUUUAUGCUGUUUUAAAGUGUUUUUACUGCUUUUGUUUGCUGCCCUGGGCUCCUGCUGGGAGGAAGGGCAGGAUACAAAUUAAAUAAUAAAAUAAGUAAUGUUGGUAUGUUGCAAUGAUUUGGGUGCACUUCCAGUGAAAAAACAUGUAGAACAAUACCACCAAUCCAAAUUCCAAAGAAAGGGAAUCAACCUGGUUGAGCCCCUAACAAAAAAAUUCUGGAGAUGAGUUUUAAGGUGGUGGAGAGGAUAUGCACCAUGAUGUUAAAUUUUCUUCUCCAUGUUGUACUCCACACACACACACACACACACACACACACACACACACACACACACACACACACACACACACACACACACACACACACACACACACACACACACACACACACACACACACACACACACACACACACACGUUUGUAUAUGGCAUUAUAGAACAGCCAGACCAGAUCCUGAGCCCUUUAGCACUACAUAGCAUAGUUGCAGGAGACGGAAAGGAAAACAGUGUAAGUCCUCUAUCAGUUCACUACUCGGCUGUACUGAACAGGAAUACCCAUUAUUAUUUCAACUUGUUAGUUGUUUGUUACACAAAAAGGUCUCCAAGCAACGUACAACAUAAUUUAAGAACAUAAGCUCUUUACUUUAAGUAAAAACACAUUAAUAAAAAUGCAUGCAAUUCAUAAAAAAAUACACAAGGCAACCCUCAAUAACUGCAACAGAAAGCUUUGGCAGUACAGCAUCAUAUAGUCCAUCACAAGCCUGAGGGAAAAUGGUAAGUUUAUACCUGGUAUGGAAAAUAUGUCAUGCAGGCACUGGAGAGACCUUUCCACAAAUGGGGAGCCACAACUGAAAAUGCCCUUUCCCUUGUCAGCACCCUCCAAGCCUCCUUAAAGGAGGGAUCCAGAGAAGGGCCUCAGAAGAUCUAAGGGUCUGGGUAUGUUCAUAGCAGGAGAGGUGUUCCAGAAGAUUUUGGGCUCCUGAGCCAUAAAGAGCUUACAGGUCAAAACCAGCAAUUUGAAUUGGGCUCGGUAGUGUUCAGGCAGCCAAUGUGUUAGGGUCUGGGGAUAUGAAGCAACAUUUUAUUGUUGGAUCUUCACUUUAUGCAGGAUUUCAACCAAUGUGGAAUUCACUAUGUCCAGCAGAUAAACAUGGGACUACCCUUAUCCGUCUAGAGAGAAAAAAAUGUACCCAGAAAGCUUAUGUAAAAUUUGCCAUCUUGGGGCCUAAUUAACAUGAUCAAUUAAGUUUACAAAACCACACACAUUUACACCAACCUUUGAUUUGUAAAUAUACUGACAGGACAAACCAGAGGUUGAGAAAUACUAAAAUAAAACCAACAAUUCCUAUCAAAGAUUUCACUUUACGUAAAUAAAAGCAGAGUUAUCUGUGAGGUGUUCCUACUUCAACAGAAAAACACUGAGUUAUGAUUAUUCAAAAAUAGCUAGGAAUUGUAUACUGUUGAAAUACCAAACUGUAUACUAUCCAUGGAGAGAAGAGUUGUUACGUCAAGAUAAAAAUACUGUGACAGUAGUCCCAAGGCAUAGAUUGUUAAACUCUAUAUCUCAGUUAUGAAAAAACUUCAAUUACAAUAUAUUUGAUUGUAUGACAAGAUAGGUUAACAGUGCCUUUCCUGUUGAAAUGCCAGUUAAAAUACACCAAAACCUUUAAUGGUUUUAUAAUUUUACCAUGUUUUAAUGAUUUUAUUGUACGCAGCCUUGAUAUUUAUUAUGAGUUAGCAGUUUAUAAAUAUUAUAAACGUCAUUAUAAACUGUCAUUUCUUUCUUCAUCACCUGCAGAGUCGGAUAAAUUAAAUGUGGUUUGAACUGAAGAACUGGCCAAAUAUCUUAAUCCCCAUCAUGUGUAAUUAUUUAGGCAAAUAAAGUCUAGUUCAGGGGUUGCUAAUCCAGGGCUCAUGGGCACCAUAGUGCCUGCAAAAGCCAUAUGUGUAUAUGUGAGCUUGUGUGUGAGAGAUUCAUGUGUGCCUGAGGUCUAUGUGUGUAUGUGCAAGAGAGCAUGGUGUGGCCACCUUGUAUAUUUUUUUCUGGUACUUAGUAAUGCUCCCCAUUAUUAGACAGCAUCAGAAUUGUGUGUGUGUACAUACAUGUACAAAAUCAAUCUUGUGUGAUCUCCCCAAUCAGAACCAGCAGGACAUAGCUAACUUUCCAUGGUAAGAAUGAGGUUGCUUGAUGCUAUAUCCCCACAGCAGCCAUGUUGGAUUAUGGCACAUCACCAUGGCAGCCAUUUUGCAACUGAUACCCACAGCACUUUCUCAAAAUUCAAAAUAUGUCAGCUGGUCUACAAAGGUUGGUGACCCCUGGUUUAGUUGAAGGAAACAAAGAGUCCCCACCCCCCAAAAAAAGUUUUUAUAGAUUUUUCCUGUUAAGUAGGUAUGAAUACAAAAGGAACAGGUUCAUACAUUCCUUGCACAAUACCAAUUAAAGUGCUCAACCAAGAUGUCUUACAGAGUGAAUCAAAUUGUAAGUGAGUAAGGACCUAAGGGCCAAUCUGCCUUUAUCCCAAAGAGAAUAGUAUCAAAUUUGAUCUGUACAGAUAUAAACAUUACCCAUCAAGCAAUAUUUAUUUGAAUGCCUGUUUAUCAAAGACGAACACCACGACCUUAAGCAUGUGAUAGACUAAGGCUGCAAUCCUGUACACACUUGGAAGUAAGCCCAACCAAAAUUCACUGAGGCUUAACUGUAUAGGACUGCACUGUUAAUGUAUACUAUUUCCUAAACUCUAGGGUGGACUAACGGAUUGGAUUUUCUCCCAUUACCUUGCUGAGGGAAAGAAGGCAGGGAUGUCUUCUGCUACUCCAGGUCUUUGCCUUCUGUAAAGAAUCCUUAGCCUUAUCACUGUGUAAUUAUUGUUAUACCUUGGAUGCUAUUGUUAAUGGCAAACUCCAUUAAAAUGAACUUACUUGCCCAUGAUGUGCUCAUUUCGAAUUUGACCUAGCAGAAACACACAAAGGAACUGACUUUAUGGCACAAUCUUGUGUUUUAAUUAUGAAAAAUUUGAGUUGUUGGAGUUAAAUAAAAUUAAACAGGCACUGUUACAGGCAACUCUUAUGUCAAAGAAGAUGUGAGGUAUAUAGGGGGUUCUAUCAUAUGAAAUUAUAAAGACCACGUACAAUUAAUGAAGGAUAUAUCUGAUGAGAUACAAAACUGACAAACGUCAAAACCUGUCUCAGCUUUGAAUUUUGAUUAUUCUGCCAGCCCCGCAAUUCAUUUGAAAACAAGAAAAAGUAAAUAUUGCAAAAAUGUAUAUACAAGGAUUUUUUAAAAAACCAAGAUAUAGCAACUGUAUGGUGUAUUUACAGAGUAAAAACUAAGAGGGUUGAAGAGUUGGCUGUGUCCAACUUGAUGAUAUAGUAUUUCCAAGUAAACAUGCAUUCCAACCUAUGCAUGUUUACUUGGAAAUAUGUUCCAGUGAAUACAGUGGGACUCUCUCUCAAAUAAGUGCACACAGGACUUUUACCAGGGAAUAAGUUAAGUCAACUUAUUAACUAUAAGCAAUUGUGUGUAUGUCUACAGAUGUAGUCAUUGCUCGCAGCAGUAUAAUACUAUCAGUGGUUGUAGAUAGAUAAUUUCCAAGCUAAUCUAUCUUGCUUGUUUAAAGCUUAGUUGGGUUGCCACCUAAGAGCUUGUAUAAAUAUAAAGGCAGUGUGAUAAACAGUAAGUUACUAGCAGAACAGAGAGAUGGCUGCCAAGAUAAGAAAAGUGAUUGACAUUCUCCAGCAUGGCACCAUUAAGCUGGAUUGAUGGUGCUACAGAGGGAUUGGUUUGCACUUGCUGAUGAAGCACUUUGGGUUUUUUCAUAUGCUUCUGCAAAGACAUUUAGGAUAGUUUGAAGAUCUUCCUCUGAAUGUGCGGAGACUACGUUAUCAUUGGCAUAUUGAAGUUCUAUGAUGGAGGUUAUGAUUACCUUAGUUUUUGCUUUUAGCCUACUGAGAUUAAAAAGCUUUCCAUCUGUUCGAUAUGUGAUUUCCACACCAGUGGGAAGUUUCCCCUCAACAAGGUGUAGCAUCGUGGCAAUGAAAAUAGCAAAUAAAGUCGGAGCAAUGAUGCAUCCCUGUUUGACACCUGCUCCCACUUUGAAUGGAUCAUUUUGAGAGCCAUUGUUAUCCAAAAUUGUCGUUGUCAUGGAGGAGUCACAAAAUAUUCACAAAUUUACAGGUAAUCCAAUUUUCAGAAGGAUGGUCCAGAGAGCAGUUUGAUUUACAGUAUCAAAGGCCUUAGUCAGAUCAAUAAACGCCAUAUACAGAGGUGGUUUUGCUCCCUGCCUCCAGAAAAUUCUGCAAAUUACUUGGGAAGAUAGGUGGACUAAUGUUAGCGUAUUGGAAGAAGCAAAGACCACCAGUGUGUUGAAACAAUGAUUCUCCAACAUCAACUUCGCUGGACUGGCCAUGUUAUUCGAAUGCCUGAUCACCAUCUUCCAAAGCAGCUACUUUACUCCCAACUUAAGGAUGGAAAACAGAAUAUCGGUGGACACCAAAAGAGGUUUAAAGAUGUUC